AUGAUCUUGGUAGGUGGACUGCCUUUCCCUUCCGAACCAUCUUCUUCAUCGCCUCAGGGAUGGGACGGCCUCCAAGCUUUGUUGGAUGACCCGUCCUUGGAAUCUGCCUCCAAUGCAUUCAAGGCCAUCCCAGAAAGGAAGUUCUCUAAGCCUCAAGAUGAUUCUGAUGCAGAGAGGAGAUGGGUCUAUGUCUUCCAAAGAGAAUAUGCAACUGUUGACCCUGCACAUGUCCAUUUUGUUGGCACUGAUGAAGCAACAACCUGUAUUGGUCUUGCCAUCCGUAACCCGGAUAAUGGAAUGACAUCGGUUGCACAUUUGGACUCUCCAACAGUUGUGGAUACAGGUCUCGAUCAGAUGAUGUCGCUACUUGUGCAACACAAUAAGGACGUGGAGUUGGAUGUGCAUCUAGUCGGUGGAUUUGAAGAUGUUUCACCUAAUCAUGGUAACUGUACUAGAUCAGAAAAUCAGGAAAAGUUGGAUGGCUAUUCAUUUCCUUUAGGUGCCAAAAUUAUUGAAACAUUAUGGAAGAGACUGGAGAAAUUUCACAUUCGAACUCUGUGCAUUCUUCGGCAUAACACUAGAAGGGAUCCUCAGGGAAAUGCAUACCCAAUUUUCCAUGGGUUCACGAUUAGCACUUCCACUGGAUCCAUUAUUCCUGCUAGCUUUGACGAAACCUCAAGAUGUCCUGAUGAAAUUGUCAGGAGAAUUAGAGUCUCUGCAUGUUAUGAGGACUCCAGAUGGAAAGGAAGGUUAUUGGAAACAUAUGAAACUCAAACUGAUCGGUUUAAAAUAGUUCCAUGCUGCUGGACCCUGCAUCAGUCACAUAUUGCAUCGAAUCUACAAAAUUAUUCAGAUUUGGAAAUCCUCCUUAUGUGUUCUACUUCACCCUUUGCUGAGGCACCAGAUUUUGUGAAAAAUCUCAGAAGGGGGUGGGACUACUUGAAAGAGUACCCAGAUUGGAGAGAAACCUUUCCUAUGAAGCAGCCACGCAUAUUUGAGAGGACUGCUGAGGGAGGCUGGAAAAGCCAAAAGUUGCAGAUACCAUGAAGCUUAAUGCUCAACAGGAGCAGCAUUUCAGUUUCAGCUGCUUAAUUAAGUUCUGUUCGUCAGACGUGACACAAAAACAAAAUCUGGAUAGCAAGUAUGUAUAAAUUCAAUUGCAGCAUUGGAGUUAUGAACCUGAUGGCAAAUAUGUAUGAUUCAAUUGCAGCAUUCGUCAGUA